UCCCAUCCGAACAUGAAGACACUGCCCCGCGUACGGUCGUGCAGCGCAUUUGCCAAAUUACGAACCCCUAACCCCAAUUACCAUUUAUUUGCACCGUCUUACCCUCACAUCUAUCUAUCUUAAAAACACUUUAAAAAUCCCUCACCUAUCCCCACUUCCAUAACCAUUUUCUUUUCCAAACCCCUCAAACUAACUAUAUCUAUCCAUUAAGGGAUAUUCAAUGCAAUUAGCGAAUGAGAGAAUGAAGAGCCGGUGGUUCGUGUGGCUUUUGGCGGUACUAGGCAUCAUCGGAGCCACACUCUUCAUAGUGAGCUUGAUCCAAACCUCGGAGAACAACUUCCUAUGUUCCAUAACAAGAACGAUGCAGCAGCAGCAGCAGCAGUUCACCGAUGGCCCCACAUCGAUGCAACUCAAAGCCAUCCUCCACUACGCGACCUCUCAGAUUGUCCCUCAACAAUCUCUUUCCGAGAUUACAAUAACCUUCGACGUGCUCCAAAGCCUCCACCGCCCCGCCAACUUCCUCGUGUUUGGGCUGGGCCGCGAUUCUCUCAUGUGGGCCAGCCUCAACCCGCACGGCACCACCCUGUUCCUCGAGGAGGACCCUAAAUGGUUCGGGAUCGUCACCAAGGAGGCGCCCUACCUCCGGGCCCACACGGUCCGUUACCGUACACAGCUCCGAGAAGCCGACAGCCUCAUGUCCUCGUACCGAUCCGAACCCGCGUGUUUUCCGGCCACCGCCACGCUCCGCGGCAACGAGCGGUGCAAACUUGCCCUACAUAACCUCCCUGACGAGGUUUAUGAGAAGGAGUGGGAUUUGAUUAUGAUCGACGCGCCGAAGGGGUACUUCGCGGAGGCGCCGGGGCGCAUGGCGGCGAUAUUCUCGGCGGCGGUGAUGGCGAGGGACAGGAAGGGAUCCGGUGUGACGCACGUGUUCUUGCACGAUGUGGAUCGGAAGGUGGAGAAGGUUUACGCGGAGGAGUUUCUGUGUAGGAAGCACUUGGUCAAAGGUGUUGGGAGGCUCUGGCAUUUCGAGAUUCCUCCAAUGGGUAAUAACACUCGUGACUACGCACGUUUCUGUUAGGGUUCAGGAUUAUUACAGUAUUAGUAUUCUUUUUUUUACCGGUGUAGUGAAAUACAUUACUGGAGAAGAAUAGUGAGAGGAGCAUAUAUAUCUAUAUGUUACUACAGCUUUAUUAAAAGAAAAACUCUAGAUUGCUUUUGCUUUUCCAAUUUAUGUUGUCGGUUAUGGAUACCAAAAAAAAAGGAGGAAUGGGAUUGUUUGUGGUUGUGGGUUGCGAGAUUACAUGUGAUGAUUCCGCUGCAAUCUACCGACACUAGAUGAUAACCUUGUGCAUUGUGUUCUCUUACUUUUUAGACAUUGUCUUCAAUGGCAAAUUUGAUUAUUUAUUGUCCAUUUCAA